UUUUCCGUUUUAGUUUCCGUUUCGCCCUUUAGUUUUCCGCUCGCCAACACAUUCCGUUCCGUUUAGUUGAUGCGUGGUGUCAAAAGUGCGGGUUCGGCCCAACUGUAUGCCAGAAGGAAUUAUGGAUUUCGUAGUGAGCUGGGCUCGCAUGCCCAGCGUGCGUCCAAAAUAAUCCAAAAUGUGACACAUUCCGCUUGACGCUGUGUGUUUUUUUUUAUUCAUUUAUUGCCCACUUCCAAUGCGAAUCGCAGUAUGACGAAUAGUCGCCACAUCAUUUUAGCUAGUUGAAAUGAGCGUUUUUCCGGGUAAACCGUUAAGUGUGUUGAAAUAAGGUGGAAAUGUAUUGUUCGACGUGACAUGAAAAAAAAGCAAAGAAAAGGAAAAACAACCAUCCUAAAAAGUCAAUCCGCACAUACAUACACACACAUACACAUUCCGACAUUUUUGUUCCCGCACUGUGCGGCGUAGCCUGUUUUGAAUGUGAGAGCCUCAAUUUUAUGAAACAUGUUUUCGUUUACGUAUGGCAUCGGCAGGCGGGUAAAACUGUGAUCGGAAGACGUCGAAGUUGAAACAACUGCUAAAAAAUUGGCUGAUGAAAUAUUGCCGUUGCUUCUUGUGUGCGGCGCGCGUCAGUCGCGUGCCUGAAGAAAAGUGUCCCGACAAGACCAACGAAAAUUGUAGUAGCGCGCGUCGUUUACGAGUGUGAUACCAGUUCAGUCUCCGGUGGAAAAGAAGAAAGGCAGUAACACCCCGUGAAGUGUAGGGGUGUGCACCUCCACGAAAGACACGGUUCAAAGAAAGCAACCAAGAGGUGCGCGUUCGAGCAUAGAAAGAACGACAAAGAAAGAGAGACCGUUGCCUUCGUGGUCGUCUUCGUCGGCUGUUGGUGGUUUUUUCCCUCGUACGAAAGAAACCCUCACGACCGCAAAGACCGCCUGAAAAAAGGGUUGCAGAAAAGAGACUCCCAUCGCAUGGGAGAAGAACGAAUGAUCGGUUUGAAACAACUCGUUCCGAUCAUAACAACGGGAACUGCAGGCUCCAGGCGGGCGAAGCAUAGAAGCUAGCGGUGUAGCAGAAGCGGCAACAUAAAAUCCAGUCUCUUUGUGGUUCUUUCGACAUCCCAUUCCUAUUUUACCUCGCCCAGUCGCGUCGUCGUGGGCUUUUACUGCGAAGUAGUAAUGUUGCAAAAGUAGGCUGGUGUGGUGCGCGUCGUGCGCGAUUCUUUCUGCUUCGCACAAACACAUACACACCCACGAACGCAGGCUGCAGCGCGCCGCGAGAUAAACAAAACGAAUAAUAGCGUUCAUGACCAUACGCACGCCGCCAUCGUUGUGCGUGGGCUGCUUUCGCACUUGGAAAUGCGAUACUUGUUAGACGGCCGGGCCAAAGACGAAAUAGCUGCAUUUUUAUUUAAUAGUUGACAUUUUAUUAACGGGAAUCUAAGACAAAAGUAAAAGACGACGCCGAAAUCAUCGGUUGUUAUUUAUUCCGUCCAACGUACGGUUCUCCAAACGUCGCGUGUAGUUGAGCGUGUCGUCGGAUCCGCGAUAUGGCCACUCUAAACUGGAGAACGCCCGCGACGGCCGCGGCACCUAAAAAUGCGGCCCCACAAACUCAUCAUCGUCAUACGCACCACCCACAUCAAAGACUUUCGGCUGGCGUUCCAACCGGUGGCUAUGGUUAUUAUGAUAAAACAUCGACAAACAACGUUGCACGUCACCCGGCCGCCAAUAGGCAUGCACCUCAGUCGGCCGCGGUACACAAGUCCCCGAUCCUACCGUCGGUACCUCCAGCUCCCAGCUGCCUUCCGGACGAGGUGGAAGACGAUUUGAGCGAAAUAACGAUUCAGUUUGACGAUGGGGUGCAAACGUUGUACGUUGGUCCGGUCGAAAUAGUCGACAAGGGGGAUGGUGGUGGUGGUAGCGUUAACGCAUCUCAACAAGCAGUUGCCAGCAACCCUCCGAGCCUAGGCAAAGAUGGUGGCCGAAAUGGAGCGAAAGAAGAAAAUGUGACCAUCCGAGGAAGUGGUGAGGGUGUACGAGCACGCGAACGGUACCAGGAGGAACGGGCGAUCGUCACGCUCGAGCCAGUCGGUGGCCGGGCGAAGAGCCAAUCCUUGCCAAUGUUCCUCAAGCAGCAACAGAAACAACAGCAACUACAAGAGCAGCAGCAGCAGCGGCAACAGCAGCAACAACAACAACAACAACAACAGUUACUACAAGAGCAGCUGCAGCAGAAAAGGCAGCAAAAGCUGCAUGAGCAUAUACGGCAGCAACAACAACAAUACCAGCAGCAGAUCGAGAAGCAACAGCAGCUGGAAAGAGCUAAAAUGAUGCAGCUACAGCAGCAACAGCGAGCUUUAAAGCAGCAGCAGCAGCUCAAGCUGAAAGAGCAAAGCCUACUGCAGCAUGUGCAGAAGCUGAAAGAAUCUCAACUGCGCCACCAGCAGCGGCAGCAACAAUUAACCGAGCUGCAGCUGACGGUGAGUGUGCAGCAGCAACCUGUUCCACCGGUGGUGCAAUCCACUCACCGUCAAAGCAAACCGUCGUCGUCAGCCAACAAGCGCCAGUCGGUUUUAACGCAUCAGCAGGCGGUGCUUUUACAGCGGCAACAGAUGCAAAUGCAACAGCUGCAACAACAACCGAAUCAGCAGCUGCUGCAGCAGCAGCAACAGCAACAACAACACCAACAGCAACAGCAGCAAAUACAACAACAACAAUAUCAACAAAUUCCUCCGCGACAGAAGGAAUCGCUGUCCUCAUCUUCGUUACCGGCAACGAUGAAGCCUGCUCAGUCUCAGCAAUCGCUAUGCAUCAAGCAGGCACCGAUGUUGAAUUUCGCCCGAGCAGUCACAUCCACUAUUGCUCCCACGAACAACGCCAACAUAGGCUCAAAGCGGGCAUCUUUGGUUGUUCCGUAUAACACACCGGCUCCGGCAGUUCCUCCAAUCUCUGGCGCCCAUCUUACUGUUGUGCCGGUUGCCUCGCUUAGGGACGAUAAUAAUAGAUCCGCUAACGCCAUUAAUCGCGUGUCAGUGCUCCGUUCACCACCGCAGCCGAUAGCGGUAGCGGCAGCACCGGCUUCCAAGCAUCAACCACCGGCUGUGACCGCCGCAACUGCGACAGCAACAGCAGCGGUCCCAGUUCCGGUAUCAGCACCACCGCCACCGCAUAUCCUCACGACAAUCAAGCAAGAGCCGGACGCGGCACCCGAACGUGUCGACGAUGCGAACCACGCUCUCUCGAACGAGGCCAACAGCGAUCUGCUGCAGGAGACGACGAUGCUGGUAGAAGAGAAACCAUUGCUGGUUAACGUGGCAGCCGUUGCGGAAGAUUCCUCAACCGCAGCGGUCGGUUCUGUUCCUACGAGUAAUGGCGGCGCAUCGUGCGACGCUGCUAUUACGACAGUCGCCGGCGUUAUAACCAAUACCAGCGCAACCCAAACGCUGCUGGAGGAGGAUAUCAGUACGACAGCGGCGGUAAUAAUAUCUACUGAGCUGAUGAAAUUAGCAAAGGAUCAAGCAAGUUCCACUAAUGUCGUACAACAAGAACUAAUCGAACAGCAGGUAGUAACGGCGGCGGCGGCGAACUUGAACGCAGCGGACCAUGAUCCUGCCGAUGAUAUCCAGUCGGUAGUUGGAACGGAACCAGCAGCACCAGCAGCAACAGUUGAACACAAAGCGCUUCAGCAGGUCGCCGCGGCGGAAGUAUUGCCCGAUGCGUCACCAUCAUCUAAUGUUACGGCUACACAUCUGGAAAUACCACCUCCACCUCCUAAACGCGGCCGUGGACGUCCGCCGAAGGUGCCGAAAAUAUCUCCCUCUCCGGAAGCAGUAUCCGGCAAAACUGCGGCAUCAAAUGGUGCACCGUCGUCGGCAAAAUCCUACAUAUCCGUGUCGGCACUGUUCAAGCCGAAGAGCAAACGAACCCGAAACGUAGAGGAUGCAGCAGCAGCAGCAGCAGCUACCAUCGUCAGCGAGGAGCAGACUCAAAAGAAGACUGAAGCGAAUGAAGAAACCACAAUCGGUGAUGGUGGUGAUGUUGAGGGUAAAAGUCUUUCGAACGGCAAAGGAGGUAAAGCGACGAACGUACCGAAGGAGAUUAAAGUGCGAUCGCCGGCGUCGCUGAAGGCCAAGGGCACGGGUGGAGUAGUAACGAGCAGUGGAGGAGAGGAAACCGAAUCCGUCCUGGAAGAGCGCUCGGCGAUUGUUGUCGUCAACGUUGGAGAGCAGCUGGAGACCAGCUCUGCUGUUGAGAAAGAGGCGGUGAAAGAAUCAUCUCCCGGUUGUGACAGCGGUAUCGAGUCGGUAAGCGAUUCGAUGACGACGGCAAAGAAGCAUCCAACCCGUGGUCGUCCAAAGUCCAGCAUGAGCGCGAUCAGUGAGGAAGAUCGUGAAAAGAUCCCAACCAGUAAGGAGAAGGAAACAAGCGAAAACGGGAAAAAGCGUCGUUCGGGUUCGUUGGUGCCGAAACCACCGUUGGCACAGCACGGGACUCGGGAUCGUAAAAAUGAAGAGUUAUUGGGGGAUGAGGAAGAGGAGGAGGAUGACGACGACGAGCAACAGCCGCUCAAAGGGUUGAAAAAGCGCGCGGUACGGACGGCCCGGAAGCCAUCGGCCAAAGCGAAGGAAGCGGCCGAAGCCGCUGAAGUUGCCCAAUCGGUUGCACUUUCCUUCGGGGAUGAGAUUCAAUGCUGUAAGUGUGAUAUGUCGUUCAAAACGGAGGCUUGGUACCGGAAGCAUUUGAUGAACGCGCACGAGCUGGAUCUAAGCCAAACCGUACAGCUAUUAUCGUCGUUGGUAGCGAGUGGAAUGGGUGGAGAGGUUUCAACGUCAGAAGUAACACAAGCAAGCGGUGCGGAAGUGGUCCCCAGCGGCAGUGAGAUAAAUGGCGCAACGGAAGCCGAAGCUGCGAAGGCAGACGACAGUGCCUCAUCGAAGGAUAAAAUGUCCGAACACCACCGGGGGACUAAGGUAUCCAAAAAGGAAGUACUCUCCCCCUUGGCACCUUCAUCGUCGCGUAAACGAAGUAAAUCGAUGAUCUCGAGUGAAGAAGGAGGAAGUGGAAAGCGAAUGGCAGUAGAGGUGGUGGUGGCGAGUUCGAGUAAAAAGCAAUCGACCACGGUUCAGCAGAAUGGUGUCUGUAAAAAGGAGAUCAAGGUAGAGCAGCAGCAGCAACCGAGAACUCAAUUCGGUAACCUGCGACAAGACGACGACGCUAUGCCAGAGUCGAACGUAGCGGUAGAAGCUUCCCAGCAGAAUUCUUUAAUGGCUGCCGACGGCGAUUCGGCCUCGCCAUUGGAAACGAAGCCGCAAACGAAACAGGAACGCUACGAACCGUACGAUCCGUACGAGGGAGAUCCGGAAAAGCUGUCUCCAUUCGAGGAGGCGAAAGUGAUCGUACUAGAACCAGACACGGCCGCUACCGCUGGUGGUGGUUCGAUGCUCUUCAAGUGUACCAUCUGCGAUGGUCAGUUCACGGACAUUCCCGCCAUCAAAGAGCACCUGUCGACGGUACAUGCCGCGAUUAAGCGGCGCUCCUGCGAACACUGUGGCCGCACGUUCGUGCAGACGGGUGACCUGACGCGCCACGUACGCAUCCACACCGGGCACCGGCCGUUCAAGUGCCCGUUCCCCAACUGCACGUUCGCGUUCAUCUCGUCCGGGGACCUCUACAAGCACGUGCGCCGCCACAACGCGGACGUGGCCCUGCCGAAGCCGCACGCUUGCGACCAGUGCGGCAAGGACUUUGAGCGCUCGUACGAUCUGAAGCGUCACAAGACGAUGCACCUGAAGCAGCAGCCCGGUUUCGAGGGCAUUACGUGCGAAGUUUGCGGGAAAGUGUUCGCCCGGAAGGACCAGUACCGGGCGCAUACGUACCGCCACAUGGGCGUACGGCCAUACCAGUGCGAGGUGUGCGGGAAGGCGUUUACCGAUCCGAGCAACUACUCCAAGCACGCUCGGUUACACGAACUGGACGGUAUCGAGGUGGUGUGCGACUUUUGUGGACGUCCCUUUAAGAACAAGAGCGCCAUCUCGAAGCACAUCUUUCACUGCCAGCAGAAGAAGAUGCGCCGGAUGGCGGCCAAGGUGGAGAAGGGUGAAGGCGGCGACGGUGGUAGCGGCAAGACUCGACGCGUUGGAGUUGCGGCCGGGAUCGGCAAGUCGGAUGACACCGUGGAGGAGGCUCCGCUGAAGCUUAAGCAGGAACCGCAGAGUCGAAAGCAACAGCAGCAGCACGGCAAGAACGGUUCAAAACGUAAGCGACGACGACGACGCUCAAUGACACCUCAGUCAUCCUCCUGCUCCGAAGGCAUGGCCGACGACGAUGACGACGAUGACGACAACGACGACAACGACGACGACCAGGACGAGGACUACAGCGAAGGCAGCAUAAACCUCGAUGCACGCUUUGUAAAGCAACGGAAUCGGCGUAGCAACUACAAGAAUGGUGUUACCUUCGAGGCUUCUCAUUGAGCUGUUGAACCAUUUUUUUAUUCCCCACCGCGGAAGGGCCAUGUUUGUUUAACCGGCAAAGCGUGGCGCACGAUAAGCUUCAACUCGGUUGAGAUUCACAUCUUAAAGCAGGGAAAAAGUAUUACGAAUCGGAUUCGUACUAAAAGAAGUCUGAACUCUAUCCUAUCCUAUCCACUCAUCCAGCAUGAUGAGAAGAACACUUUUUACUGCUUUUAUCUUUCUUGUUUUACGUAAAACGACCAAAACGAAUGAAUAUUUAAAAACCCAACCUGGAACCGCCGUUUGAAAUACGGUUAUUUUAUGUAACUGAGUGAUUCAUCGCAAUGGAGUGAAGCUUUGUUCUCUUCUCUCACACUCGUUUGCCUCGGAACGGAAUGACUCUCUUUUUCUCGCUCAACUUUUUUUUUGUUCGUUUUUCUGAUAAGCAAUAAUAGCAACUAAGGAAAGCUAGAUAGAUAUUUUUUCUAUAACUUUUAAAUGAACUACAGAAAGAGGGGAAGAAGAGAAAAACACGAAUGGAACUCGCGAGAAAGUGAUGAUUAUGAUGAUAAUCAAAUUGUUACAUCAAACGGGAAGGAAAGGAGGAACGGAUUGAACUCCCAGGCUCUUCCUUAGCUAACGAGUCGUUUUGCUGGCUUUUGUCUACUUAUUUCUACUUACUUUUGCUAAAGAACUUAAUUCAUUUUAGGAAGAAUGUACGAUUCAAGAAUUCUCUUGCAUUAAUGUAAUGUAAUCGUAUGUAUACACAUUUACAUUUAUCUUUAUUAAAAAUAGUUAGUUUCUUUUUUAUAUUAAGAUCGUUUUUUCGAGUGCUAAUGAAAAAAGCUUGCUUCGAAACAUUCUGCCUGCAUUAUUCCGAUGCGUUUGUGCUCUAGUGCGCGGUUUGGAGGUUGCCUGCAAAGGCAUGUUCUUAUAUAAAUUAUUUAUCCGUACAUACUGUGUUCAAAAAAUUAAGUAGCAUUGCAGUUACAUGUUUUUUUUCAUAUUUUUUAUUUAUUCUUCCAAACUAAUUCCACCGCCUGCUAAGCCAUCCCGUGCACUUAUGCCAACGUAUGAUGAUGAUUGAUCGAUAUGAUUAGAGUAUAUGGGGCAAAUUGGUCACGAAGAAGAAGUGCAGUGUCGUGGUGCAAGAGCCAAGAGUUGUCUUGUCACAAUUUGGGCCUCGUUUGGCAGAUAGCGUUACACAAACAUCCCACGACGUUCCGGUAAUAUUCCACAAUAAUCGAAGAAAAACAAUGCCAACUUAAAUUUUGAACACAGUAGUACAUCGACCUCCUCCUCCGGCACUCACGAAGCAACCCUUGGAGUUUAGUUUGUAAGUGAAUCCACUAGAAACGUUAGUUUGUGCACCUUUCUAUUCGGCAAUGGUUUUACAUUCGUAUUAAUGCAUUUGAUUUAAUUUUAAAGCACCAUCAAAAUGAGCAAAAAAACAGCCGCGGAACUUUGGCAGGAGAAGUUAUUUGCUGUAUGAUCUUAUGUUUUCUCACUAGACGCUAGAACACAAACAAUGAUAUUUUACAAAGUGCUAGAAACCCAUCAAUGCUUGAUCGUACGCAACGAUGUUAAAAUUAACAUUAAAAGACACGCACAACUCAUAUCGGAAGAGGUUGAGAUUGAAAUGAAGAAUAAUAAUCAAGUUUUGGUGCAUUACAAACGACUACGAAGCUUUGUUUGAACUUUGUUUGACCUAAAAUAAAACAAAACUAAACUAAAAAACAAAACCACGUACCUUCUCGCAUGGAAACACUUGCAAACGUUCCAUACUGAAUAAACAAUAAACGAAACAUUCUAAUUUUAGUAUCGCUAAAAGAAAUUAAGUACGCAUAAGACUUUUUUGUAACAAAAUGAUAAAAAAAGAUUGAGGAAAAAGACAUUUAAAUACUAUUCCUUUUGCUCACAAAGUGAAAAGCGGAAAAAAGACAAGAGAAAAUAGAUAUUAUACAAUACAUACCGCUUGAGGUAACGCUCCCUACCAACCAAACCUGGUUGGACAAUUUGGAGUGAGUCUUUCGAUUUGAGAACACUGAUAAUAGUUGUAGGCAGGGAAAGGCGAAGACGAAUAGAAAGAUAGAGGAGUUUUCAUUCCGAUUGGUCUUAUUUAACGACAAAAAAUCCCUCAACGGACAACAGAUUGCGAGUCGUUUUGCUUCCACACGUUUAUAUAGGAGAGCGUAACGGCGUACCUUUGCGUAGGUUAAACAUAUAGUUAAGCAAACAGUAAAUAUAGCGAUCCGACAAAUUUAUCGGUU